AUGGGAGUUGGUAUUAGAUACCAAGUGGGGGAGAUGACCUGGGGCCUCCUCGGUGAUGGAGGGAUGAGAGAUGAGGAAUGUGCGAAUCUGCUAUCGCAGCGGGUGAAAACAGCUGCGAACGAAGAGACGGCACAGGACAAGACGAAGCCUACCAGCCAAAAGACACCUGCUGAAGUUGAGUUCCCCUCCACCACGAAAAAUAAUCUUGGUGGCGGUGGCGUUGAUAUGUGGCUCAAGAGUGAUACUCUACACCCUCGGCCCGAUGGAGCCUCAUGCCGAAACAUGUCUCAGACUGUGUACCUACUCUAG